AUGUCUGUUAUAGCUUCCAACAUUCCUUCCCACGUUGCACCUGCAAAAGUGUCGGAGUUUUUCUCCUUUUGCGGAAAAGUCUCCGACUUGGUGCCGCUUGAGGACAAUGGCAAGACUAAAAAGUACCAAGUUGUGUUUGCUUCACCAAAAGCCGUCUCAACUGCAUUGUUGUUGAAUGACGCUGAAUUGGAAAACUCGUUCAUCAAAGUCGAGGAGGAUUUGGAAAUCACCGAUGGAGCCAAGCCCUUGGCUCCGCAACAAGGGGACAUCAAGGACACAUUGAGCGGUGCUGUAGGUGCUGGUGGAGCUGCCACUGGAGGUGGUGCUGAGAACGACUCAAUCAAGACUGGUGACAAGACAUACGACGACGUUGAGCAAGAGGAGAAACCAAAGUAUGCAAUCUUGGCGCAAUUGUUGGCGGAUGGAUACGUUUUGUCGGAUCCAAUUAUUGAACGUGGAUUAGAGUUUGACAAGAAGAAUGGGGUUUCAGAGAGAUUUCAAUCCUUCAUUACGUCAUUGGAUAAAAAGUACGUGCACUCGCAGGAUCCAGAAUCUACUGUGAAUCAGCAAUUGCAGAGGGCACAAAACACAUUUGCUAGUUCCGGAUUGCAAAAGUACUUUGACAGUGCCGUGAACUCACCUUUGGGAAAGAGGAUCCACAAGUAUUAUCAAAGUCUCGCUGGUGAUGUUAAGGAUGUUCAUGAGGAGGCAGUGAGAUUGGCCAAGAUCAAAAAGGAAGAGAAAGAAAAAGAAAAGCAAACAGUUGUUGGAUCUGGAACUACCAGCAAUAUCCCAGGAUCCACUGCAACUGAAAAGACCGCUUGA